GUUGAAAUGACAGAGCAGGAGUUGGCUCAGGUUCAUCUCAGCAGAUGAAGUCAAACUUCCAGCCCUUCCGUGACGUCGCUGCUCGCUUAUAAAGCCUCAGAGCGCUGCUGGACGAGGCAGAUGGAGACAGUCAGAGGCGGUGGAUACGAUUGCAUGCAUUGUUGAAGCAGAGAAACCGAAUCCUGAAAGCGAAAGGGGACAUUUAUUCACGAACUGAUAUAUAUAUAUUUUUUCUUACCACCAUCUGGAUACCGGUUGCUUUAUUGCGGCGCAGCGCAUUUCUUGCCACGCAAUGAACGCGGAUUUGUUUAAAGCGGCUCCGGAGCGUGGAGCCCAGCAUUCCUCCACCACCGGCAAAAGCAGCAGGAUUAAACCCGAACAGAAUAAACCGGAGCUGGCUCAGGUGGUGACGGAUCCCAAGACUGGGAAGUCCUACAGUAAAGGAAAGCUUUUGGGAAAGGGUGGCUUUGCUCGAUGCUACGAGAUGACGGACAUCUCCAACAACAAAAUGUAUGCCGUGAAGGUGAUUCCACAGAGCAGGGUGUCCAAACCACACCAGAGAGAAAAGAUCACAAAUGAGAUCGAGCUGCACAAAACCCUGUCACACAAGCAUGUGGUGAAAUUCUCUCAUCACUUUGAAGACCAAGACAAUAUUUACAUAUUCCUUGAGCUUUGCAGCAGGAAGUCACUGGCACACAUUUGGAAGGCCAGACACACACUCACCGAGCCAGAAGUGCGGUAUUACUUGAGACAGAUCAUAUCAGGCCUGAAGUACCUUCACAGCAAAGGCAUCCUGCACCGGGAUCUCAAACUAGGCAACUUCUUUGUCAACGAGAACAUGGAGCUGCGCCUGGGAGACUUUGGCCUGGCUGCCAAACUGGAGACGGUGGAGCAGAGGAAAAAAACAAUUUGUGGGACUCCCAACUAUUUGGCUCCUGAGGUGCUGAACAGACAGGGCCACGGGACAGAGUCGGAUGUUUGGUCUCUUGGAUGUGUCAUGUACACAUUGAUGUGUGGAAACCCUCCGUUUGAGACCCUGGACCUUAAAGAGACUUACAAGUGUAUAAAAGAAGUCCGGUACAACCUCCCCUCCACGCUCUCCCCUGCCGCUCAGAAACUCAUCUCUGCCAUUCUGCAGAAAAACCCCACCGAUCGCCUCUUGCUGGAUCAAAUCCUCAACCACGAGUUCUUCACCAAAGGCUACACUCCUGAUAAGCUUCCUCCCAGCAGCUGCUUGACAGUGCCAGAGCUCCACCCACCCAGUCCUGCCAAGAAAUUCUUUGCUAAAAUGGCCAAGAGCUUCUUUGGCAAGAAGGCAAAAGUUGAAAAGAUUCCAUGUGAGGACAAAGAAGACAAAGACAUUUCCAAGCUGGUGUCUGGCAUCGUCAAAUGUUCAAUCAACCGCCAGAUCAGUUACAAGACAGUGGGGCCUAAUGAGGUUCCUUCUCCCAACGGUCAGCUGGUCAGCUCUGUGCCUCUGGAACAGACUCCUGCAGAGGAAGAGUCCAGGAAAUCCCUCUCCCGUUCUUUCAAGGGGACAAUGGCCAGCAGCACCGAGCCCUGUGAAGAUAUACUCACCCCUGCGGUUGUUGCUGAAUCGUCCAUGAAGGUUCUCAAAAGCUGCUUGGCCGCCAUGCCUGCGGCCACCAGAAACCCACCCUGUUUGUCCAAACCACAGUCUUUCCUGUGGGUCACUAAAUGGGUGGAUUACUCAAACAAAUAUGGCUUUGGUUACCAGCUGUCCAACAAAAGCAUUGGUGUGCUCUUCAAUGAGGGAACACAUCUCAGUUUGUGUGACCAACGCAAGACAGUCCACUACUGCCUAAACAACAACAAACACUUCAGCUUUGCUGCCAACUCUCUACCUGAGCAGCUCCGCAGCCAGAAACAGAUUGUGGAGCUAAUGGCUAACUACAUGGAAGAAAACCUCAUGGAGGGUGGAGAUCUGAACUGUGAAGACCACAUCUCGUCCACUGCUCCCCCUCUCCUGCUCCAGUGGGUGAAAACUGACCAUGCUCUCGUGAUGCUCUUCAACAACGGCACUCUACAGGUGAACUUUUACACGGACCACACCAAGGUCAUCCUGUGCAAGGCGUCCGAUGACUCCUACCUGCUCACGUACAUCACGAGGGAGCGCAUCUCCUACACGUACCUCCUCAGCAUGCUGACAGAGCUGGGCUGCACCCCGGAGCUACGACACCGGCUCCGAUAUGUGGUGCAGCUGCUCCAACACCAUGUAAAUGCCUGAGAGCGCACGGCUCUGAACCUCGCGACCUGCCUCAGCAGCUGACGCCUUGAUGGCGCUGUGACUGACAGACACUUUUUCUUGCAAAAGCAGACUGAUGGGGGCACCCUGACUGCUUGAUGUCAGUUCUCAAGGCAAUUUGUUUUUUAUUUGUCUUGUCUGGUGUGUUUAAGCUGCUGAUUAUUAAAGCGAUUGACCUUGGUGAACAUCAAGUAGUCAGAGAGUCGCCCACUGCAGCAUCUGCCUCAAGGGUUUGUGCCUGUACAGCUUUUGCCUCAAAGGGUAUCACCUGGAAGGUAUUGAUGCCUACAACAAGAGACUCUUAAAUGGCCUGGAAUAAUGGAUUCCUGACAAAAAAUACAACAGUCAAAAUCACCUUCCUCACUUGGUACCACUGCUUCACCACCCAGCCCUGCAACGUUCAGCCACCCAGACGGCAGAUAAACCCAGGAAGGGUUUCUCAAAAACGCUAAACAUUUCCCUGAAUUGCCUGAAAUGUCACAUUGACCAUCUUGCAGUUAAAAUACUUUCCAAUCGUGUUUUAACAACAAGGUCGUCUUUGCCAAUGAUGGCGUUGGAUCUGGUUUAUUUAUUUUAUUUUAUUUUUAUAGCAGAGAUUAAGUGUGGUUUGAUUUGCAGGGAAGAAAUCCUCCUACCUUCUGGUUUCUGGCCUCUGUGGACCAUGGUGCACACUCUAAAGUACUGCCUCCAUUUUUUUUUUUAAAUUAUAAUUCUAUUGGAUCACGCUGUGAUCGUCAAUCACAAUUCGUCACAAUUAACAUUCCUGGCCGGCUUUGGUGAAGGUGAUGCCUGGAAGGUCAUUACUUCUUCUCCAGCAUCACUUUUGUCUAAUGCUUAGGUAUUUAUUUAGACAAAUGUCACUGAUGUGGUGAACAGUAAAACAAAAAGGGCAUUGGGAGCAACACAUGUUUGCACUUUUUUUGUUGUUGUUGUUGUGAAAUCAUCUGGAGAGCAAAAUAUUUUUUUUUAGUACCACUUUAUAUUUUAUUUGUUUUUAAUCUGAUGCCAAAGGUGUUUUCUUUGUUGGUUUUUAAAUUGAAUUUUAAAGUCACGUACAGUAGGUGAACCCGUGUGUGCACCACGUGACGGUCGGAAUUAGGAGGAUGGAGGCUGGAGGAUUAAAGUGCCUUUUUGAGGGAUGUCUGUUUAGUGCAAUAACAACCCUUUGUGAAUGUCAAAGCUGGAUACAAAAAGACUUAAAUGAGUUUUACAGGUGAGAUUUACUUUGGUUCUUCCUGUCAAGUUCCAAAGCAAAUCCAUCAGCACUACACUCACCACCUGGUAUAAGCUUUUAGAACUGUUAGAGUUACAGUAUAUUUAUCCCAGUAAUAUCUACUAUGGAAAUGGAAAAACAUUGUACUUCACUGUAUUGUAAUCCUUCUCGGUUUACAUUGCUUUCUCGACCCAGAGUUGUAUCCUAAAUACUGUGACGUGGAAUGCAAGUAUUAAGUACGUGUUUUUUGGAGUAAAAAAAAAACCCAACAUUGUGAAAGCCAUCUGCCAAUUUAGAAAGAGUUUAUUUUUUGGCACAUAAUGUCAGUGUUUAUUUAUUUUUUUAUUUAUACAUGUUUUUUUAUUUAUUCUGUAAAUAUCAUGGUCUUGACACAAGAAAUUCAGAUCACCUUUUGUAUUUAAUGUGUUUGAGGGAAAAUGGGACAAAAAUAAAGUUUAUUGAAAAUGAA